GACGCACGUUCGUAAAAGAGGCGCGAGUCGGUGUUUGUCAUUUUCUGUACGAACCGCGUUCGUUUGUUUUGGUAAAGUCAGGAUGUCUUUACUGAAACCCUUCAGUAAACUACCUUGUUUAAACUCAGCCAACAUCCUGGUUUUUCCCCCUGAGCUGGUGGAGAGUGACGAGGAGUUUCAGCAGAGUUUAGCAGACGCUCUGGUGGACGAGACGGACUUCACUGUCAAUGUGAGACUGGCCAAGAGUCUGCCUCUGCCCGUGGAGAAUGAGGAGAGUCGUCCAAGAAUAGACCUGGUGGUAUUCAUAAUAAAUCUGACCUCAGAGCUCAGUUUCCAGUCAACGGAAGCUUCCCUGAAAUAUUUGGACCCUGGAUAUUUCCUUGGAAAAGUCUGCUUCAUGGCCACUAAUGCUCGUAAUGCUUCAGUCCCCACAGAGCGGCUGGACGCUGUCAGAAAGCUGGCUGCUUCACUGCACUGCCCGCUCCUGUUCGCUGAGGAUCAGACACCAGAUGGUGUGGCCAAUGCUACAGAGAGGUUGCUGACCAUCUUGAAGGUGGCAGCCGGGCUCGUUCCCAUGGCAACUCCUCUCUACCUGUCCAAUCUGACUCGAUGCACAGUGCCCCUGGAUAUCGACCAGCCGAGCUUUGAUUAGUUUGUGUAACGGUUUAUUUGAAGUGAUCCGUCCCUGACUUGGUCACAUGUACAGUUUAUUUAUUUUUGCAUUGGUUAAAUGUCACUCUUCUGUUAUUCAUUGUAUUAUAUAUUUUUCUUCUUUGCACGUUCGCUGCUGCAACACAUUGAACUAACAUUGCUGCUUGUGCAUAUUGGCAUAAAAGAAACAUGAAGAAGACGGACAACAUCUGGAGAUGUCAUUUCUAAGUAAUAAAAAUAACUGCUUUGAUUUCCAGGUAUUGUGUCCACUGAUGCUUGCUCACGUGCAUUUUGGGAGACUGUAAUAGAACAAAGGCAGGCAAAAUCUAUAUUGGCCGGUGGUUGCGUCUGUCAUUUUACGCACACUUCAUCCUGAACAGUGGUCUUGAUGACCGGAGUGCCUUGCUUUUUUAACGUACAAAAGAGGAAGUACUUAUUGUGAGACGUGGCUCCUUUUUAUAUAGUUGCACAGGUGCCUAAUUAUUCGUACCUGGUGCUUUGGUCUUCAUAACUGUCGUCGUAUGAUCUGUAUUUGUUGCCGGCCCCAUCUUGAUUAGGCCUUACUUGUAAAAGAGAUUUUAAUCUUGGUGUGAUAUCUUUGUGUAAUUGAGAUUAAAUGAAAACAAAAUGA